UGUAACGAAAAGCUGCUAAUCAGCAGGGUGUGUAGUAAUUAUUUCUGAAGGGGUGUGUGCUGGUUGAUCAGGACGGGUGACUUCACCUGAGAAACAGGGAAAAGGGCUGGAGACUCGAGAACAAAACACACUGUUGGCACUUUCCACAAAUAUGCAUGACAACACGCCUGCAGCACACUUUACAUUGACACGCAAACACCUGCGCAUUGUGUGUGUGUCAGUCAAAAAAGAGGAAUUACUGUCGUUCAUAUUCAUAACCACAGACGCCUGAUUUCAGAUCACUGCUGUCUGGAUUCACAUCUAUAACACAACAUGAGCACACAGACCAAAGCCGUUGUGAUGAACACAGACAGCGGCAAGAAAAGAACCGUCCUGAAAGACAACAGCUGGAUCAGAAGAAACGCCGAGGAGGACGAGCCCGUCGAUUAUGAUCCUAACCCUGGUAAAUUAGUUCUGGGUCAGCGGAAAUCAAGGGAAGAUGUUGACAGCAAACCGCUGGAGGACGAUCAAACCUCAGCUAACUCUGGGACAUCCAUCAGCAACUUAACCAAGAGGUUCGGUGGCAGUCAGGAGCUGCUCAACAAAAGCAGCAGUGUAAACACUAAGAGUGGAGCCGUCUCCGUCACAUCACCCUCCAAACCUCCAGUCCCUGUCAGGAAUCCGGCGCUCAAGACUCCCAACAGCUCCAGCUUCACAGCGAGAGUGUUCUCCGGAGCAAACACCAGCAGCAAACCGUCAAGUCCUGUUAAACGCACGUUUGGUGAGAAGCUUCCGGAGGUCACAGCGUCUCAGAACACAAACGGAACACAGGUCAAGACGGUUUCUACAGAGAUUCCCGCUGCUUCACCGACCCUGCGCUCUCCUCUACAGACGCUGGAGUCCAGCAGAACACAGGUCAAGACGGUUUCUACAGAGAUUCCUGCUGCUUCACCGACCCUGCGCUCUCCUCUACAGACGCUGGAGUCCAGCAGCGUCUCGUCGUCCCCAGCUCCUGCAGCCGUGUCCACAUUCGGCAGCGGUGUGAAGAGUCCAGUGAUCCAGCCGGCCGUCAAGAGCCCAAGCAGGAGUGAAAGUGUGUCCGUCUCAUCGCUGGUGUCCACGUCCUCCUCACCGUCGGCUCAAACCAUCAUCACAAACACCAAAACAUCCUCCUCGAUGCUGGAAGAGACUCCGAAACCUGUGGAGAAACCCUCAGUGGACCUGAAGCUCAGUGACAUCAGUUAUUCUUCAGCUCGCUCUCCGUCGUCUCCAACGGCUGUGACUCUGAACACACGCUACAGCUAUCAGACUCCCAGCGCGCCGCUGGACGAUCUUGCUGACACUUUAUUGCCGACCCGAUCUGGAAGCGUUCAGUCACAACCUGUCCGAUCACAAACACAGGUCAAGACGGUUUCUACAGAGAUUCCAGCUGCUUCACCGACCCUGCGCUCUCCUCUACAGACGCUGGAGUCCAGCAGAACACAGGUCAAGACGGUUUCUACAGAGAUUCCCACUGCUUCACCGACCCUGCGCUCUCCUCUACAGACGCUGGAGUCCAGCAGGACGGUCAGCAGUCGGGAUGUUUGUACGGUCUGUGGGAAACCCAUCGCUGGAUCAGAGAAGAUGAUUCUGGAAGAUCUGAGGAUCAUCAGCCACACGUCCUGCUUCAGGUGCGCAGUGUGUCGCUGUGAUCUCGGCGGUCUGGAGGCAGGAAAGUCUCUCUGGGUUUAUCGGGAGCGAGUGAACUGUGCAAACUGCUUCAGUAAAAUCAGAGGUCAGUGGUAUAUUUGAGACAAACGGGCAUCAAUCUACAUGGAGACACUGAAUAUGAAUAAAGACAAUAAUUCAACACAACUGAUCUUAUAAAUUACAGUUGAUUAUGAUAUAAAAUGGCAUAAGGAUACGAGGCAUGCUUUAUAUUAUAUUCCUGAGGAAAAUGUUUACAGGAUUUAUAUGGUAAUACUUUAUAGAGGUUUUUAAUGGGCAAAGCUUUGAUAAUUCAUGAAUUAUUCACAAAUAUGCAAAUGCAAUCUGUUCUUUCAAUUUCAUUUGAGUGUAACUGACAUUAAUGUUCAACUGUAAACAUGAUAUACACAUAAUAAAACUAUAUUCUGAUUCUGA